UUUCAGCUAACGAACGGAGCCUCGAAUAAAUGCGUUUUCCGUUCGGAGUAGAAUAUGUUGAAAAAAAAUUAUAUCUUAUCGGAGAUCGAUCCUCGAUCGGACCGUCUGGAGAAUGAAUUGGCAAAACGUGGCAGGCGGCGAAACAACAGAGUUUCGUUUGUUUGUUUCUUGCUGAUGAACUCUCGGCGCAAGAAAAUGUCGUCGUCUUCGUCCUCGAAGGGUACGCGAAAAACUUACAGUUUCGAGGAGCGUGAAAUCCUCAUCACUUUGAUAAACAAGCACGGCGAUGUUGAGGAUAAAAAAUCCGAUCCGACUUCAAUGUGCAAGCGAAAAUCGGCCUGGACCAAACUAGCCGAAGAGUACAACGCCCUCGUUGGUCCUUACGCGACAAGGUCUUCGGUUCAGCUCAGACGCUGUUGGGAAAACAUGAAGGCUUGCAAGAGGAAUCGGGAGGAAAAACGAUCCGGGCCGACGUCGAAGGGCCCAAAUCACAAUAUAUCCUCCGACCGUCUGCGGCUGAGUUUGUCGAAUUGGCAGGACGGCGUUUCGGGUCAAAAUUCCAUAGACACUUCGACUUCGGCGAGCACGGUCGGACUUCCGCCGAACGUGGUAUUCGAGCCAAAAGCUUCGGAGCCGUUCACCCUGCAGAGCGUGCCUGCCUCAAAGGCCUCGAAGAUGGCGCUGAAGGGCGGUCAGCGAGGUGACCUUGAGGGAAAGGAGCCGCCGCCAGGGAUUGCGGUGCUGACUUCCGGUUUGACCGAGGCGAAGAUGGAGCUGCCACCCUCGGUCGGCCCGAUGGGCGACUGUCCGGAGAAGUUUAUGACCGAUCCGGAGUCCUCGAUAGAAGACGUCCACUCCGACACGGAGGAUCCGGCGAUCGCUGAUGCUCGCGGAGCUUUCUGCAUCCGGAGCAAUAGCAUUCGGCCAAGCGUUCCGUCCCCCUGCAGGAUUCCCCAAAAUCGUCUGCAGCGCAGAAUCGGCAGUGCGGCCCAGCGGAGUGAGGAAUUGCACGUCUUGGCUCUUUCCGAGGCUCAGAUCAAGGUCGACAUUGCCGCGAUGCAGAAGGAGGAGGCGAGGAUCCGGCUCGAGGAGGUUCGGUAUCGCAAGGAGGAGGCCAGGCUGAGAAUGCUUUUUUUCACCUACAAACUGGACAGACUUAAGGAGGACUGAGUCACCGGGUGGGUCUGGUUUUAAUCGUCGUGACGUCAUUUCCCGCAAUCGCCAAUGCGGUUGCGUUUCAUUUCUCAAUUGCUUGGUGGGCUCGUUGAUUGAAGUCGCUUUUUUACUUAUUUCGCUUCGUCUAUGCUUAUUAGACCGUUUUUUUUCAACCUUUUUCUUUUUUCUUUUCACGUGCUGUUCGAAAAGUUAGCGUUUAGCCUCAAACGAAGCCUCGUGAAACUGGAAUUCGGUAGUAGGAUUCUAAAAGACGUUACUUGUAUCAUUUUAGAACACGGGUGAGAUAAGAAUUGACAAGGUAAUAAGCAUCUUCAUUCAUUUAUUCAAUGCACUCAACUUUAAACGGUCGCAUCGAAUACAAGAUGAACAUUCCGGUGUAUAGUAGUUUCGACAUUUUUUUUAAUAGAUAACUUUAUUAUAAUCUGUAAAGUAAAACUAAAAACAGCCUCCCAACCUGUAUAGUUUUAGAGAUAUUUCGGUUAGAGUAUUUGAAAAAUCCAAACCGGAUGAGUAACCUUUUACAAUUUUGGUACCGAGCUCCGGUUUCACGAGGCAUCGUUUGAGGCUGAAAAAUAACUUUUCUAA